UUAACUGACUGUAUGGAUGUAAGAAUGGAUACAGCUCACUUACAAACAGAACAUGGACCCAGGACUCAGCUAAACCGCCGGUACAUGGUCCUCGGUGCCACCAUGGGACUGCUGGCGUCAACGGUUCUCAUCGUGACGGUGGUAUUCGUUACGGAAGGUGCACACAAUGACCUACCAAAGGUAGACCCUCAGUCCCGAGAGUUCCGCGGAGUUUGGGUGGCGACAGUGGAGAACAUAGACUGGCCGUCCAAUAUGUCCCUCUCUACCGAACAACAGAAGAGCGAACUGGUCGCCAUCUUGGAUCGCAUGGUGGAACUGAACUUGAACGCCCUCGUCUUUCAGAUUCGACCGACGGGAGACGCAUUCUACGAUUCUCAGCUGGAGCCAUGGAGCUAUUAUCUUACCGGUCGCCAGGGGGCUCCCCCGUCACCGUACUACGAUCCGCUGCAGUUUGCUGCAACGGAGUGCCAUAAAAGAGGGAUCCAGCUCCAUGCGUGGCUCAACCCCUAUCGGGCUCGUCACAAAUCUGCAAACUACACCCUACCCGCGACGAACAUGGCCCGGCGUUUCCCCCAGUACGCCUACGUGUAUGACGGCUACAUAUGGAUGGACCCGGGAGCGGCAGACGUGCAGAACCACACUUAUGCCGUUAUCAUCGACGUUGUCAGGCGCUAUGACGUAGACGCCAUCCACUUUGACGACUACUUCUAUCCCUAUCCGGCCGGUGGGGUCGACUUCCCCGACAAUGCAACGUUCCGAGCUUAUCAGUCAACAGGAGGAACCAUGUCCAAGUCUGACUGGAGGCGAGAUAACGUGAACAAACUGAUCAAGCGGCUGUAUGAGGGUAUCCAUGCGGAAAAACCACAUGUCAAGUUUGGUAUCUCACCAUUCGGCAUUUGGAAACCCGGGCACCCAGAGGGGAUCGAAGGUUUCAGCCAGUACGACAGCUUGUACGCCGAUCCUAAGUUCUGGCUGGAGCAGGGGUUGGUAGACUACCUCGCCCCUCAGCUCUAUUGGAUGAUAGACCCUCCACAGCAGAGCUACCCCGCCUUGCUGGACUGGUGGCUGGACCAGAAUCCUUUGCGACGUCACGUCUACACCGGAAAUUACCUCAGCAGAAUCUUCACAUCUGGUUGGCCAGUGUCAGAACUCGUGAAUCAGGUUAAAAUCUCGCGAGAACGCGCAGGACAGAUGUCCCUAGGAAACAUCAUGUUCAGCAUGAAGCCAUUCAGAGACAAUAUUUCAGGGGUGGUUGAUAUCUUUCAAUCCGACGUGUACGGCCGACCCGCCAUCCCCCCAGUAAUGACAUGGCUGGACACUCAGGCCCCGGACCCUCCCACUGGCGUUAAGGCAGGCACAAAGGAAAUCACAUGGAACAGGGACCAGUCCGGAGUCGUGAGAGCCUGGGCAGUCUACAGACAGGAUCAGGAAAAUACCUGGGGAUUAGUGCAAGUUUUCGGUUACAACACAACUUCUGUAAGCGUGGAGGCCGGCACUUACAUGCUUAGAGCCGUGGAUAGGAUGGGGAACGAAAGCACCGAUGUCAUCGUUAAAGUUUCAUAGUAUUGUAUAUGGUAUAGAUGGAAAGAGAGUUGCCAAGUAUUUCCCGUUGCACACGCAAUAUAUUAUUCUAUGGUGACUAUGAGAUACAGUUAUGUAUAGAAGGCAGUAAAACAGAUAUUUAGCGCUGUCUUUCCAAGACUAUGAUUAUUUGAUCUUUAUGACUUUUAUUUCAUGGUUUACACAGGAAAACAUAUUGCUUUCUGUUAAACAUCUGAGAUAUCAAAAUAAUUACAAUGGCC